ACUGUGAGCAAAUUUCGAAUGGACAGCCAUGACCAGAACACCAGUCCAGGCCCCACUGGGCGGUGCAAUUUGAGCCACGCAAGCUCAGCUCUAAAUGAAUUCAUGCCUUGCCCCAUAGCCAGAUAAAUAGCUGAAGAACAGUAUUUAACAUGACAGUUUUUCUCUUUCACUGUAAAGAUGAGGCUCUGCCCCUAGCUGUACAGCAUCAUCUUAAUCCGUCAAAUGGUCGGCCAAUCUCCCUGCUUCUUUAAUGUACUGGGAGAAGUAACAAGGCCGUAGUACUGAUGCUGACGGAAAGUUGAAUUGCCGACAAAUCCGUGGUCCGAACAAUCGAUUCAUAUUGUCAUACAGCUCAUACUUUUUGUCAUGGGGCUGCGGGUCGCAGACUCAAAAUAGCAGCUUUAAUUCCAGAGGACGAUUUCAGAGUCGAAAUCGAAAAAAAAAAAAAAAUUUUGCCUGCUGCAAACUGAACAAAAUCGGGUCUUUUUAUGGAUGGGCCGCAGCACUCAUGGCUAUCUAAUGGGCGGAUGAGAAUAUUGACAGAUUCCUCUGAUCGACGAGACGUCAGCACAACGGGAAAGCCCCCCAUGGGUUUUCCUUUCGGCACCGCCGUUAUUCUUUUUCUAGUUUUGGGCAUCAGUGCUUUGUUUUCCUGCUGUUAUCACUGGGAAAAGAUCCGAAACAUGCACCACCGCCGCCAUUAUCGAAGCGGUGGCGGCGGUGACGGCGGAGGAAAUUCCUCAUUGCGCCCAACCAGUCGUUCUAGUUUCAUGCCGCCUGCAACUGCUCCGCCCAAUUGGAGCAGCCCCAGCAAGAACACUCAAAUCCACCAGAGCCGAAGGAGUUUGCCGGUAAUGAUGCCCGGAGAUGACGUUCCGAAGUUCUUGGCAAUGCCGUCUCCUCACGGAUUUGCGCCGCAAAACAUCGGAGGCAGUGCUGUGGCGUCCUCCCAGACGAAUCAAUCCAAACGGAUUUUCAUCCACCAUUGAUUUAAAGUUUUGCAGGCAUUUACAAGGUUUUUUUGUGGGUGUUUAUACUGUUAAACAGAAAUGUACAGGUUUUAUAUGAUGUAGAAUGAAAUGACUGUUUGCAGGCUUUGUCGAUGGAUUCAUUGAAUGUUCUCAAUUUUUUUUGUGGAGCAUAUCAAUUGACAGCUACAUAGAUUUUAAUUUCUGGUCCGCUGUAUACUUUUGUUUGAAUGGCUUAUCUGAAAUAUGAGUGUUGGGAGUGAGUUUGAGUACUGUACAUUGAAAUGGAUGGAACGAAAGAAUGGAAUCUGCACCCACUUCGUCUUCUUCA